UACAGGAGCUUUGGGAAUCUCAUGGAGACAUGGGUGAAUGAGGCCAUAACGUCUCCACAGCCACAGCUGCUUCAGAACAACACCUUAGAUGCUCUUGGACCUACCUCUGACAUGGGAAUCAACCCUCGAUCAGAAUCGGUGGACUCUGGUGUGGAGUUAGCCAGCUGUGGCACGCCGUGUCAGGUCUCAUCCUCUUCUGCCUCAACAGAAACGGACUCACCUAUGCUACAAAGUGAAGGACUCACUCCAGCACUGUCCCAGUCUCCUGUCCUCUCCUCUCCCGUGCCUUCGUCCUGCUCUUCCUUAUCGUCCCCAUGCCUCUGUUCCAGCACAGCCGAGGAAGAGUCCUCCACCGUGCACCUAAAGGUCGAACGAGCUCUUCGGAAGGCUGUCUCCAGGAACUGGAAGAGCAUAGAUGAGUCAGCCGUCCAGCAGCCUCGAGCAUCUUUCCUGCCCAAACGGCACACAUCAGAGUUAGUGAGGUGUCCAAGGUCGCAGAGCUUCGAUACCAAGAGGAGGUUCGACCCGUCUGUACCUCUGAAACAAAUGUCAGACAUGGAGCAAUGUAUUUUGAGUUCUGAUGAGCAAAAAUCAAAGGGUCUUGAUGUGAAGGGGAAGAAACUGAGUCCUGGGUUGUUCUACCUGGAGCAGGUGUGUCAAAUGCUGGAAAAAGUCGCCAGAGAGCAGAUGCGCAGCCAAGCAUUUCAGAUUGAAACCGAUGCUCUCUGGGAACACGAAGAAACAGAGGCUCCUGAAACUUGUCAGACUGACUCAACAGCUGUGGAAGAAGACCAGUCAUUUAGCCAACUGGUUGAACAUACAGAACAGGAUUCCAACCAACCUAGGCAGCAAAAAACCAGACACUUUCGGCAGAGAUCAGCCUCAGACACAACUUUUGCAGCUCUGAAUUUAAAAAAGCUGAACGCAAACCACAGAGGACAGCUGCUUAGUACGAAUGACCUACUAGAGAGUGUAGAGGAAGAUAGCAGAACAGCGGAGGAGACAACAAAGGAGAAGUCAAAUAAGGCUGCUAGGAACUGGAGGGCAAAACUUGGGGCUUUGAGAAGAACGGAGUCUACUGUAUCGGACACAAAGAGCCAGCAGAUGCAGUCAACCAUGAAAAACUCAACCCGCAGACGGCUGAGCCAAAUAUUCAGAAGAAAUAAAGAAAAUAAAGAUCAACUUGUGUGAAAGGACAACAGCCUCUGUCUCCACAUUUUAAAAUUUAGUAUUUUUA